GCUUCCGGAUAUUGAAUGGCUUGCUGUGUACUUCUAGCGUCCUGUUUGUCUGCUUCAGAAAGGAAUGUUCGUCUCCAUAUCCACAGGCGUCUCCUGGAAGACCCAUCUAUAAUAGGAACUUAAGCCAAUUGGCCCCUUCAAUAGAAUUGUGGCUGAUUUGGCAUUGCUGACAGAUUGACAGACACAGAACAUUCAACAAUUUGAAAACUGGAUACAAAAUGAGAAACAGACCUAUCAGUCCAGAAGCUUAAAAAAUCACUCUGCAUUUCCUUGACUUUAUUGAACUGCUGCAGUCCGCAUAGUGAAGCUGCUCGGUAAAGAGUUAAAGGAUUUUCCUCCAGUGAUGGAUUCCAAUCAAACACACUUCAGACGUAAUCAUCAGUAAUAUGGAAACUCUCCCUAAACACCCGACAGGAAGAGCACAUCACUCCACUAGAGGCCAUCUUUGCACCUUAACAACGUACAGACCCAGAACAGGAUUGUUGGAGAACAGUGAGAAAGAAACAAGGACAUGUAUCUACAAGAGGACAGUGUGUCUGGGAGCAGUGUUUAUAGGUGUUGGUAUCCCAUAUACACUGGUCUUGAGUUUCUUGGAGGGAGGAUCUGUCAGAAUUAUUCCUGUGGUGUGGAGGGAGGAAGCUAUGUGUUUAAGUAUCUCAUUGUUCUCACUGUAUCUUCUCUCUUUGAGGGCUGAGUCUUGUGGAGGCCCAGGACAUGUAGUUGGUCCCCUUCACAUUCGUGAACUAGUUGAAUAUAUAUGACAAUCCAGUAACUUUUCAUGGUCACUAUUUUGGAGUGUUUCACCCAAAUUACUUCAUUUCACAACCUCCUUUAGCAUCUUUAAUAGUUCUUUCUCAUACUCGCAUUUUCAUGAUUUAAAAUUGUCAACAGAGAAUCAGAGGUACAUUCAUCAGCAAGAAUUCCAAACAAACAUCCCGUCAACAUCUGAGAGUGAGUCAAUUCAUCAGGACGUGAAAACCAUUUGGCUUUCACCACUUGUCUGUUUUGACCUUGGAAAAUGAUUUCAACCAUCAGUGUGACUGGAAACACACCAAGAGGCAUCCACCCAAGUGAGUGUUCCGGUGAACUGACUGUGGAGAGAGAUCAAGCCAGUAACACAGCCUGAGUGAGAGUGUUCCGGUGAACUGACUGUGGAGAGAGUUCAAGCCAGUAACACAGCCUGAGUGAGAGUGUUCCGGUGAACUGACUGUGGAGAGAGCUCGAGCCAGUUACACAGCCUGAGUGAGAGUGUUCCGGUGAACUGACUGUGGAGAGAGCUCGAGCCAGUUACACAGCCUGAGUGAGAGUGUUCCGGUGAACUGACUGGAGACAGGCCUUGAACCAGUUCCACAGCCUGAAUAACAUCACAACAUUCACGGUGGGGAGAAACUGUAUCCCUGUCCAGUGUGCGGGUGAGGAGUCAGCUGACCAUCCAGUAUGGAACAACAUGAGGACACCUGCACUAUGGAGAAACCAUGGAAAUGUGUGGACUGUGGGAAGGGAUUUAACUGUCCAUCCCGGCUGGAGAUUCAUCGACGCAGUCACACUGGGGAGAAACCGUACACCUGCUCUGUUUGUGGGAAGGGAUUUACUCAGCCAUCUGACCUUGAGAAACAUGAACGCACUCACACUGGGGAGAGGCCAGUCAUCUGCCCUGAUUGUGGGAAGGGAUUCAGGGACUCCUCCACCCUUCUGAUACACCAGCGAGUUCACACUGGGGACAGGCCAUUCAUCUGCUCUGUGUGUUGUAAAGGAUUCAGUAACUCAUCCAGCCUGUGGAGACACCGGCGAGUUCACACAGGGGAGAGGCCGUUCAUCUGCCACGUGUGUGAGAAGGGAUUCUCUGAGUCAGCACAGCUGCUGAGACACAGGCGAGUUCACACUGGGGAGAGGCCUUUCAUCUGCCACGUGUGUGAAAAGGGAUUCACUACAUCAGCCCACCUACUGAGACACCAGCGAGUUCACACUGGGGAGAGGCCUUUUAUCUGCCUCAAGUGUGGGAAGAGUUUCACUCAGUCAUCUCAGCUGUUGACACACCAGCGAGUUCACACUGGGGAGAGGCCAUUCAUCUGCCGCAUGUGUGAGAAGGGUUUCUCUGAGUCAGCCCAACUAUUGAGACACCAGCGGGUUCACACUGGGGAGAGGCCUUUCAUCUGCCCUGAGUGUGGUAAGAGUUUCACUCAAUCAUCUAAUUUGCUGACACACCAGAGAGUUCAUACUGGGGAGAGGCCAUUCCCCUGUUCGGAGUGUGGGAAGGGAUUCUCUCAGUUAUCCAGCCUCAGGGCACACCAACUGGUUCACACUGAUGAGAGACCUUUCAAAUGCUCGCACUGUGAGAAGUGCUUUAAAAGCAGAUAUGAAGUGCUGAGACACCAAUGCAUUCACACUGGGGAGAGGCCGUUCCCCUGCACUGAGUGUGGGAAACGAUUUGUCCGUUCACAACACCUUCUGAGACACCAGCGAAUACACACUGGUGAGAAGUUGUUACCUGCUCCCUCUGUGCCAAAAGGAAUUAUUCAGACAUCCCACCUGCUGAGACACCAGUGAGUUCACAAGUGACGGCAUGGCAUCUUUUUACAUACAUUGCUGUUCUUAAUAAAACUUUUCUCACCACCUUUGCUUCUCUUUCCCAAAACCUGAACAAUGGAAACAAUUAUUUAUUUCUCUACCUCGGCUAAUCCUAUCAAAAACCCAAACAUGUGAAGCAUGGUGACUGGAACUGGACUCAAGUUCUGUCCUAACUAGAUUUUUAAAAGGUCAGCAUCUUUUCCUGGAUUGUCUCCUUGAUAUUUUGAUUUAUGAAGGUCGAUGUUCCAUAAUAUUUGCUCACUCAAUGUGUCCUGCCAUCUAUGUAGUGUCCCUCUCUCCCAGCCAGAAGAUCUGGUUUUGUCUCAUAUGCCAUGGAGCUAUUUUAGUGCAGUAUAAUUUUUUUUCUUCUUGCUUAACUGCUGAUUGAACCAUGUUUAUUGGGGUCUGUUACUGCUGACACUAAUGAUGCAAUCCUUGUAUUGCUGGAUGAUCAAUGUGAUGGAGGAAUUGAUCCAGUCCCCAGGUGGACUGGCUGAUCAAAAUGUUGGGGGAUUGAUCUAACCCCCUAGAAGACCAGGAAGCAGAUGUCAUGGAAUAGGGAAAUAUGUAGUGCUUGUGAUGUCACAUGGGGAGACCAGCAGAAGGACACAUUGUAUUGUGUUAAACACCAGAGAGAGAGAGAGACACUGUGACUGAUUCAUCGUCGUUUAUUUUGUUCAUUCAAAAUUGUAUUCAUUGCAGGCAGAGCUAGGCCCACACAUGCUGACACAUAGAGACAAACAAAACCAGAUUCAGAGAGACACAGAGACACACACAUACAGGCAAACACAGCCACACUCAAAUUCUGCACCAGGGGCAACGUGUCCUGUUGCAGACAGAGCUGGUCAUACUGAUACAAAUGGACACAGAAAAACACAAACAGAAACAUAUAUAUCGAAAGAGACAUAGAAACACACAUGCUCACCAACACAUAGAGACAUGUAGACACUAACAAACACCGAUACAGAGAUACACACAGGCACAUAAUGUCCUCUGUAUAUAGUCAGGAUUGAUCUGUUUUAUAAACUCGGGUUCAUUUGUAUUAUAAGCUUACAUUAAUUUGUAUGAUUGAUCUGCAUAAUCACUGUUCAUUUGUAAAAUGGAUUGAUUCAUUCUGAGAAACUCAUGAAAAGUAAGCAUACUGACUUGUUUAUUUCAAUCCCAUUCACAUCUUGUACUCAUCUGUGUGAAAAUCCUGUGAAAUAAAUUUGUGUCCACUGA